AUGGUAUUUGCGCUUGUAAAUUUCACAGGUGUUGUCGUCUCCAUCAACGAAGUGGCAAAGAAUGGCUCCAAUUACAUGGCUCCAGAUGUCGCAGACAACCUUACGCCAGAGGAAAGGGACAAGGCUGUCUUUGGAAGCAAAAUGACAUUUGUUCUCGAGAUCUUUGCUCUCACAGCUGUCUGGACGAUCAAAGCUUGCCUACUCUUUCUCUACAACCGAUUAACACAAGGAACGUCGAUAAAGCAACGGUGGGCUGUGAGGUUUGUCGCGGCCUUCUGUGCAAUCACUUAUAUCGUCGUCAUCUUUUUGUUUGUCUUCUUUUGGUGUUCACCAACACCCGAAUAUUGGGCUGUACCAGUCAAUCCCAACAAGAUGCAAUGCGCAACAUACUAUUCACAUAUGAUCACUGCAACAGCAUGCAACAUUGCUAGCGAUAUCAUGCUGAUCCUGCUGCCUAUUCCCAUAGUCAUAAAUAUCAGCCUUUCAAGGAAGAGACGGGUCGGGCUGUGCUGUGUCUUUGGCCUUGGCCUAUUCAAUAUCCUUGCUGCGGUUCUCAACCGAUACUAUAACUUCAGCAAUCCCAACAGCUACGUCUUCCUUUACUGGUACGUCGCAGAAUCUGGCGUCGCGCUCUGGGUCGGCAACCUCCCUCUCUGCUGGCCUGUCCUACGUCUCGCUCUCGGUUCUAAAGGCGACUCCUCAAACCCCUCGUACCCGAAUCCAUCAUAUCGGAAUUCCUCAUACCAAGAAAACUCUGCUCGGCGAAGAACACACGCACGUAGUAAACCAUCUGCAUGGGCGAAGCUGGAAGACGAGCAUGGCACGCGCACGGCUGAAUCACCAGAUCAUGGAAGUCAGAUUGAACUUGUAGAACAACGCGGCCAGAAGCCGUACUUUGUUGAGGCCAAGGUAAGUAGUGGCGGGGAUACACUUGAGAAGGGGACUGAUGGGCAUAUUACGGUUGAGACCAAGGUGGAAGUCAGCGAAGGUCGACUGUAG